AUGUUCGAGAAGAGCCUCGAGGAUAUCAUCCGCGGCCUUCGCGCGAACCCGCGCAAUGAGGCCAAGUACAUCUCGAUCGAGUUGGAGACCAUCCGCAAGGAGGUCCGCUCGAUCGACGUGGACGUCAAGGCCAAUGCCAUCAUCAAGCUCUGCUACGACCUCAAAAGCUCCAACUUCUCCGAUGUCGCGCUGGCCCUCAACGGUCUGUCCAACUUCGUCACUCCGGAGCUGGCUGAAAAUCUGGCCUCCGAUGUUCUCCGGAACAUGACCCACUCGCGUCCGUAUAUCCGCAAGAAGGCCUGUCUCGCCAUGUACAAGAUCUUCCUGCGGUACCCGGACGCCCUGCGGCCUUCCUUCCCCCGGCUGACCGAGUGCCUGACCGACUCGGAGCCGAGCGUCGUCGGAUCGGCCGUCAGUGUCAUCUGCGAGCUGGCCCGGCAGAACCCGGCCAACUUUGGCCCCCUCGCGCCCACCCUCUUCCAGUUGAUGCUCAGCUCGUCCAACAACUGGACCCUCAUCAAAAUCAUCAAGCUGUUUUCCAGCCUCUGCCUGGAGCUCCCUCGCCUGUCGCGCAAGCUGGCCGAGCCGAUCCUCAACAUCAUCCAGACGACGUCGGCCGUGUCGCUGCUGUAUGAGUGCAUCUCGGCCGUGGCCAAUGGCAUGAUCGACCAGCCGGAGCUGGCCAGCGCCGCCAUCCACAAGCUCUGCGGCUUCUUCAAGGACGCCGACCAGAACAUCAAGUACCUCGGUCUGACCACCCUGCGGACCUUUGCCCAGACCUACCCGAAGGUGGUGUCCGAGCACCGGGCCGUCAUCCUGGACUGCCUGAAUGACUCGGAUCUGAGCAUUCGCCGUCGGGCCCUGGACCUGGUGGAGUACAUGGUCUCGCGUCGCAGCCUGCCGGAGCUGGUGGAUCGCCUGCUGGUGCAGCUGGACCCGUCCUACAUGCCGGAGACCACCAUCGAGGGGUCCCCCUCGACCGGGGGGCGCAUUGUGUGCAAGGCGCCGAUCGUGGACUCGGGCUUCCGCUCGGAGCUGGUUAGCCGCAUCAUCGGGGUGUGCUCCAUCCGGUCGUACCGCUACAUCAACGAUUUCGACUGGUACUACGGCAUCCUGAUCCGUCUGGUUCGUCUGGAUGGCCUGAACCCCUCGGCCUAUCAGGCCCUGGCGGCUCAGCUGCUGGAUGUGGCGGUGCGGGUGCGCGUCGUUCGCCCGAAUGCGGUCCGCUGCAUGAUUGGUCUGAUCCGCGACCCGCGCAUCGGUGCGGCCGCCAGUUUGACCGCCGCCGCCGCCGCCGGGGCUGCUGGCUCCGGGACCGGCGGUGGCCAGGGCAACCGCCCGUCCGGCGGUCUGCGCGACGUCAUCCUCGAGGCUGCCGCCUGGCUUGUGGGCGAGUAUUCGGAGUAUAUCGAUGCCUCCUUCCUGCCGUCGGUGGUGGAUGUGCUGACGCACCCGCGCGCUCUGGCCGCCUCGGCCGGGUCGCCGCGCGUCCAGUCGGCUUACCUAUUCAACAGCCUGAAGAUGAUUGCGCGUGCUUGCCUGCCGAUCAUCAUCGAGUCCGAGGAUGAGAACUCCGAUUCGGAUGCCUCCGAUUCGGAGGAGCGCUCCGGCAGCUACAUCGAGCCGACCGAGAGCCUGGUUGCCCGGCUGGACACCAUCCGCGCCUGGGUCCUGAACAAGGUCCUGCCCACGAUGAAGCGCUAUUCGGCCUCCAUGUCGGCCGAGGUCCAGGAGUGGGCAACCAUUACCGCGGCCGUUCUGGAGGCUGCCUUCACCCAUGAGGACCCGGCCACCGUUGUGCAGGUCAGCCAGAAGAUCGGCCAGAUCCUGGACAUUGGUGGUGAGGAUGCCGGCCCCCUGUCGCCCGGCUCGCCGGUUGCCUCAUCGGCCUCGCUGGCAUCCUUCCGCUCUGCCAUCGACCCGACCUCUCUGUGGGCCCUCUUCGAUGGGGCCCUCAACCCGGUGGCCGCCACGGCCCAGAGCCGUGUCCCCAUCCCCGAGGGCCUGGACCUGGAGUCCUGGAUCGAUGAGCCUCUCAGUGACGAGGAGGCCGAGCCGGCCCCCCAUUCGCAUCCGGCCAGCGUUGCCGCGCGCUUUGAUGCUGGUCCCAUUCGGGGCAUCGAGUCGUACAUGGGCGAGGUGUCCUCCGACGACGAGCAGGGCCCCUCAACCUCCGGGAGCAUGCCCCGCACUGGGGCCCCCCAUGUCGGCAGCAAGGCCGCCCCGGUCACUUCGUCCUCCAUUGACCGGUCGAACAACCCCUUCUAUCUGCCCUCGGGCCCGGCCAAGGCCAAGGCCGAGGCGAUUCCGGUCACCUCGCUGGCGGUCAGUGAGCGCAUCGAAAUUGCCGAAAUGCCGCCGGCCUCCGGCAGCGGUCGGUCCUCCAAGAGCGGCGGCAAGCGCACCAAGUCCAGCGAGUCCGGCUCCUCCUCCUCCAAGAGCGGCAGCCGGAGCAGCCGCCGGCACAUCGAGGUCCUCAGUGCCAGCGAGAUGCCGGAGGGUGUGGCCGAGCCGGCAACCAAGAAGCCCGGCGCCGGCAGCCGCGCCGGCAUCGGGGCCAUCGACCUGUUUGCUCCCCUGUCGGCCAACGAGCAGCUCCCGAGCGUGAAGGCCUACGAGUCGCCGCUGGAGGCCAAGGCUCGCGCGGAGCAUGCCCACCUGCAGGCGCUCAAGGAGCACCAGCUUCGCAUCGGGCAGAUGGGCGCCCAGUCGCAGCAGCACCAGCAGCAGCAUGCCGCCGAGGCUGGCGAGGUGAGGAAGAAGAAGAAGAAGUCUUCCUCCUCCAAGGACAAGCCCACGGAGGACGGUGUCGCCGGCGAGGCGGCGAAGAAGAAGAAGAAGAAGAAGUCUUCCUCCGACGCCGCCGAGGCCGAGGCCGUGCAGCUGGCCGAGGCCGAGGCGGCCCCCGUGAAGAAGAGGAAGAAGAAGUCCUCCUCUUCUCGCGGCGAGGCUGCGCCGGAGCCCCAGGCCGAUGGGCCGGCCGCCGGCCUGUCGCCCAAUAUCAUGGACAUGGCGUUCACCGACAUGCCGGUCACCCCGGUGGCGGUUCCGGUCGUCGAGGUGGUUCUCCAGAAUCUGGCCGAGCCUCCUGCCGCCGAGGCGCCGCGUCCGCGCAAGAAGAAGUCCUCCUCUUCGAAGAGGGCCGAGGAUGGCACCACCUCCUCUUCGAAGAAGUCCUCCUCCUCGAAGAAGUCCUCCUCCGGCCGGAGCAGCAGCAGCAGCAGCAGCAAGCGCGCGGCCGAGCCCGAGCCGGAGCCGCUUGUGGCUGCCGGCUCUCAGCAGCGCGACCGCUAUGACGACCUGCUGGAUGCCUCCUCCCCCGGAGACAGUGCCGUGCAGUCGCCCCUGCCUGGCGGUCUGUCGCAGUUGAUCGACCUGGACUUUGGUGGGUCUCUCUCCGGCGUCGGCUCGCCGGCGGCGGCCAACGGCGACAGCCGGUCCGAGAUGCCGCUCCUGGGUGGCCUGCUCGGAGACGGGACGCUCAGUCCCUCGGCUGGGAUUUUCACGGUUAGCAGUGCCAGCCUCGGCCCUGCGCCGGCUCUGACUGUCGGCCCGGCCGAGCGGACCGCCUUUAGCAACUCCCUUCUGCAGCUGACCUACUCCAUCACUGGCUAUGAGCUCACCGAUGAGGACCUGGCCGUGGUCAGUCACCGCCGAGGUGGCUCGGGCUCAGCCGGCGCCAGCAGCGAUGCCGACUCGGAUGACGAGCCGGACCGCUCGGGCCUGCAGAUCAGCUUCACCCUGACGAACACCUCGGUCGGGCAGACUGUUUCCUCGAUGGAGCUCUCGGCCGUCAACUCGAUGACCGUCUCGGUGGUGGAGUCUUCCAGCUCCGGUGGGCGUUUCACCCCGAGCCGCCUGGCCCCGGGCGCAUCGGCCACUCAGACCCUCACCCUCUGCCUGGCGCCUGGGGCUGUGGACGAUCUCCCGCAGCAGCUCCGCACCUCGGUCUCCUUCAUCGCCACCCCGGCGGACGAUGCACCGGAGAAUGGUGCCGAUCAUGGCAUGUCUUCCUCCCAGGUGUCUGGCCAGGAGGAGUUCCGUCUGCAGCUCCCGGCCUCGGUCUUCGUCCAUGCUGAGCCCAUGUCCGAGUUCACCCUCGGCAUGAUCAUGGAGGAGCCGCGCAACUUCGAUGCCGCGACCGGCGGCACCGGUGCCCUGGACACCCCGACCCUGUCUGUCCAGCUGCCGACGUCUUUCUUGAAGUCAGCCGUGUCGAGUGGUGUGCGCGCUUUCAGCGCCGCGGCCAAUGCCAUUGCUUCCGCCCUCCAUCUGAACGUGGUCACUUGCGAGCCGGAUGAGGGUCAUGCCCUGCUGUACGGCCGGACUCUGGUCCACGGUCGCCACCAUGUGGUGGCCAUGAUCAAGUCCGAGGCUGACGACCCGAGCGAGCUGGCCCUGCGUGUGUCCAUCCGCUCUGGCUCGGCGUCCGUGGCUUCGGCCCUGAUUGCCGAGCUUGGCGAGCAGCUGCCCACUGCCGACGUGGUCGCCUAAGUCCACGAUGCAUGUGGCUGCCUCCCCCUGGCUGCCUCCCCCUGGCUGCCUCCCCCUGGCUGCCUCCCCC